CAGAGAGUGGAGAGUGCAGAGCUUUGCUGUUUGCUGUUUAAUUCUUUUAAUUCCACUACGGGUGUUGUGCGUCUAUUCAAAUGAAGCUAUAAAUACUGGAAUAUUCACAUCGGGCUCCAGUGAAGAGUUUAUAGAAGGACAGCGAGAACAUGAGUGAUCCAGAACCCUGCAAAAUUAAAAAUGAAGACUCUGAACAACAAAUAGACCUAAUUGAAGAGAAUGAGGGGAGUAAAGAGGAGGAACAUCAUGUCAAAAUUGAGGAAAAAACUCAUUUACAGACUGAUGUUUUUUUGAAAAGCAGAGACAAGAAUCGUUUCACCUGCACUCAGUGUGGAAAGAGUUUGGCAGACAAAAGCAAACUUAAGAUUCACAUGAGGAUCCACACUGGAGAGAAACCAUUCACAUGCGCUCAUUGUGGGAAGAGUUUCAGCCAAACCUCAAACCUUAACACAUGAGGAUCCACACUGGAGAGAAACCAUUUACUUGCACUCAGUGUGGAAAGAGUUUCAGGAUAUCAUCAUCCCUUAAUCUACACAUGAGGAACCACACUGGAAAGAAACCAUUCACUUGCACUCAGUGUGGGAAGAGUUUUAACUGCUCAUCGCACCUUAAUAAUCACAUGUGGAACCACACUGGAGAGAAACCAUUCACUUGCACUCAGUGUGGGAAGAGUUUCAUCCGCUUAUCAUACCUUAAUCAGCACAUGAAGAUCCACACUGGAGAGAAACCAUUCACAUGCACUCAGUGUGGAAAGAGUUUCAGGAUAUCAUCAUCCCUUAAUCUACACAUGAGGAACCACACUGGAAAGAAACCAUUCACUUGCACUCAGUGUGGGAAGAGUUUUAACUGCUCAUCGCACCUUAAUAAGCACAUGUGGAACCACACUGGAGAGAAACCAUUCACAUGCACUCAGUGUGGGAAGAGUUUCAGCCGAUCAUCAUCCCUUAAUCAACACAUGAUGAUCCACACUGGAGAGAAACCAUUCACUUGCACUCAGUGUGGGAAGAGUUUUAACAGCUCAUCACACCUUAUUCAGCACAUGAGAAUCCACACUGGAGAGAAACCAUUCACUUGCACUCAGUGUGGGAAUAGUUUUAACAGCUCAUCAGACCUUAAUAAGCACAUGAGGAUCCACACUGGAGAGAAACCAUUCUCAUGCACUCAGUGUGGGAAGAGUUUCAGCCAAUCUUCAUCCCUCAGUCACCACAUAAGGAUCCACACUGGAGAGAAACCAUUCACAUGCACUCAGUGUGUGAAGAGUUUUAGCCAAUGGUCAUCCCUUAAUCACCAUAUGAGGAUCCACGCUGGAGAGAAACCAUUUACAUGCACUCAGUGUAGGAAGAGUUUUAACUGCUCAUCACACCUUAAUAAACACAUGAAGAUCCACACUGGAGAGAAACCAUUCACAUCCACUUAAGCCGCGGUCACACUGGACUUUUCUCCCCAUAGACUUUCAUUCAUACGCACGCGAAUGCGUCAGACCAGAAAUGCAAGUUCGGGCAUCAAGUUUCGCAGUUCAUUGCCUUGCAAAGUUCAAGCUUGGUGAACUCUGACAUGCAAAAUCGCAUAACUUGACUGUGUGAGACCAGUCAAAGAUCAAAACAUGACCUCUCUGAACAGAAAUUUUAAAUAUGGACCAAUUGCUCACUUUUUUAAUAUCUAAUCGUCUUGUUUAAUCCCGCCCCUUUUUGCAGCGCUGUACAACAGAAUUUUGCAUGCUCAAACUCUAGAGUGACCGCAGCUUCGGUGUGGUAUGAGUUUCAGCAACUCAUCAAACCUUAAUGAACACAUGAAGAUCCACACUGGUGUGAAAGAGAAUAUGUGCUUGAGUAUGAGAAGACUUUUAUUACAGCUUCAAAAUUGAAACCACACCAGACGAUUCACACUGGAGAGAAACCAUACAGAUCUGAUCAGUGUCUAAAGAGUUUCACUCAUUCGGCGCAGCUUAAGAAACACAUUAACAAAAAGUUGCACACAUGACAUGAAUGCAGCAAAACAUUUUCUCAUGUGCACAUGAUGUUUCAUGUCUGAAUAAUGUUUGAAAAGGCUGAGUGACUGUAUACUAUUUUCCAACACUCCUAUACUGCAGAAGGUGGGGUUGUAAAUGUGUCGCGUUUACCAUAAACACAAUGAUGGCGGCUGAAAGAAGAACAGUUUCAUAAACACUGUGGCUUGAAAUCUCUUUGUAAGUGAUUGUACAGGUGCGGAUACAUCUGUACUCCACUCUCCAGUGUAUUCAUGUACCUAGUGUUGUUUUGGGUGAUGUUCUCUGUCUGACUCCCUGAAUGAGAAAUCCAGAUUGAAGUAUGUGGUAAAUCCUGGUUGGAUGUGGCAUUACUUAUCAAUGGGCAUAUAAAAGUUGUUGUGCUAGCUACCCCAGAAUGCUGUGGCUACUUGGGAUUCCUUAUGUCAAGACCUGCCGUCUCAUUGACUUUUUAACCUUAUGUUUUUUUUUCGCAAUACUUAUAUCAUGUAGUUAAAGUGUUGUUGUGAUUAUAUUCUGAGUUCUUUAUCUUCAUUAUUAUCUCUAGACAUUUGUUGGUUGCUUUGAUUGAUUGUU